AUGGAAGGAACCUCAGGUACGGACAGUGGGGGGACCAACAGUGGGCCUGCAGUGCCUGAAAGGGAUCCUAUCAUGGAGCAACUUGAUAUUCCCGUUCAAUCACAUCCACCCCUCGUAGACAAUCCAGAGGAAGAGCCUGGACUCAACUUUGAGCAAGCUGUUGCUUUGAGAAUUGCCAAGGAGAGGGAAGCCAAGCGUCAACAACACCAGCGCAAAACUGAUGCUGAGGAACUGCCCGGAAAGAGCCUACAGAUAGUCUCAAGCUUCACCCGCUCAUCUCCCACCAUGUCUGCUGCGGUACUUCUUGCACGCCACCUUCCUGACGAACCGACUGCUGAAGAGGUUGAACAGUGGGCCAAUUAUUGUGACCAAAGGACAAAAUAUUUAGAUGUCAACAUCCAACAAAAGAUGGACGAGCGACUCAAAAAUAACCCCUCAGCAAACGAAUCUGUCAAGCAUCAAAUGAGGAUUGUAGUGUCAAAAGAAGCUGCUCUCAUGUUUCGCAACGCUUUCCCCCCACCCAAAUUUAUCUCCCGAGUCGCCCAUGCUACUGCCUCGAUUACCACCUACGAUGCUACUCGCUUAGGAUGUGCUGAAGCUAAAUUCUAUGGCUGUGGCUUCUCUCGGAUCACAUUCCAAUGGACCAGUCCUCCUAAAACCCCUUGGAACAUGGCUAUGUUAGACAACUUAAUUACUAGCUGGUUGUAUUGUUACAACGCUCGAGAGAAAUCCUUUCCCGCUGGGUCUCAAAUAAGCGCAGAGUCUUCCGAGAUGAGGAAAAGGAAAAGAAGUUGUUGUCUACAGAAGGAGGAAGUGACAAACUAG